AUGUCUCUCGUAGUCCCCGAAGCACAUCAACAGUUUCAGCACAUUCUUCGGCUCCUUAACACCAAUGUUGACGGCAAACGCAAGAUUAUGUACGCAUUGACGGAGAUUAAAGGUGUCGGUCGCCGUUAUUCGAAUAUUGUGUGCAAGAAGGCGGACGUUGAUCUUAACAAACGUGCUGGCGAGCUUAACUCUGAUGAGCUCGAGCGCCUCGUCACCAUUAUUCAAAAUCCGACACAGUUUAAGAUACCUACGUGGUUUUUAAACAGGCAGCGCGACAUUGUUGAUGGCAAAAACUCGCAAAUUCUUUCAAAUGGUGUUGAUUCAAAGCUCCGCGACGAUCUGGAACGGUUGAAGAAGAUUCGGGCUCACCGUGGGCUAAGGCACUUCUGGGGUCUCCGAGUGCGGGGCCAACACACCAAGACUACUGGUCGUCGCGGGAAGACUGUCGGUGUGUCGAAGAAGCGCGGUUAG